AUGUUUGCAGCAGGUUUUUGGUUGGCAUUUUGCUUGUUUUACGUGUUUAGUCCAAUCAUUCUACGUAAACAAUAUUGUUGUGAUAAAGAACGAUACAGAGAAGUUCACAUCGGUUCCAGCGUGGCUUUUGGUCUUGUGGUUGGUGUGCUAACUACUUCCUUAUAUCGCUUCGGUGUUUUUUUGAUUGGAAAAUGUUUAGGAAUUCUGGUAGCGCUUUUUAUCCUUCAUUCUGCGGUUGAUGUACACACAACCAGCAAAUUACUUAUAUCUGGCAUAGUGACUAUUAUGGCAUUUAUAUUUGGUUCUCUAACAUGGAGAUGUGAGCGUCCAUUGCUUAUACUAUCAACUUCUUUACUAGGCUCUUUCUUCGUAUUAUGUGGAAUCGACAUCUUCGUUCGAAGCAAUUUUUCCAUAGUUGUUUAUUCAGUUCUCUUAUACGUCAGAGAUGCCCUAGUGGUAAGCUUAAAAAAUAAAAUUAAAGUCCAAGACACAACUCUACCAAAGUAUCAUUCCAUACAGCAGCAAAGCGCUUUAAGUCCAAUCUUCAUUGCAGCAUGGUUUUUUCUAACCAUAUUCUCAGCAUUUGUACAAUGUCAAUUCACAGCAAAAGAUAUAAAAGAGGGUGGUAAUAUUUGUCCGUUUACGCUACAAGGUGUGUGUCGAUGCCUUCUUCCUUGUUGUUGCGCAAAGAAUGGGAUGGAUGAAAAACCAGCAAUGAAAUAAAGCAAACAUCUGACUAAAAUGCUGAAUGAUAAACUUCAUAUAUAUUUGUUAUUGUCAAGUUUUUAUAUUUUUAAAUUAUGUUAAGUAUGAAACAAAAAUAAUAAUAUAAAAAUUAGAAUACCCAAUUUGAAAUUUGUUUUUUACAUUUAUGUGAAUUAAAACUAGAUGUUAAAGUUGCGUUCAACGCAGACAAUAU